AAGCUUCCUCUUUAAACAAUCGGCUUUAAUUAUGUCUUAGACUUUUCAGUUUGGGCGAUUAUAACCCUUGAGGGAUCGCCUAAUAACAACUCUGCUGACUGCUCCUGUAAUUAACUCCUAAUUUAUUUCAAACGGGGCGGAGGGAGGGCACCAGCCUCUCCAGGGAGAGCCAAUCGGAGGCGAGCAUCCGUGGCGUCAGGACCAGGGCCGUCGCCAAUUGGUUGAGCCGAGUCUCCCACUUCCCCUCGGAGGACAGGCUGGGCUCCGGGCGCGCCCCUGCCGGCUCCCCCCCCAAAAGUUGGAGUCUUCGCUUGCGAGUUGCCAGCGGAGUCGCGCGCCGACAGCUACGCGGCGCAGAAAGUCAUGGCUUCUCCGGCCAAAGGCGGUGACUUGUUUUCGUCGGAUGAGGAGGGCCCCGCGGUGCUGGCCGGCCCGGGUCCCGGGCCUGGAGGAGCGGAGGGCGGAGCGGAGGAGCGCAGGGUCAAGGUCUCCAGCCUGCCCUUCAGCGUGGAAGCGCUCAUGUCCGACAAGAAGCCGCCCAAGGAGUCGCCCGCGGUGCCACCCGACUGCGCCUCGGCUGGCGCUGUCCUGCGGCCGCUGCUGCUGCCGGGACACGGCGUCCGGGACGCUCACAGUCCCGGGCCUCUCGUCAAGCCCUUCGAGACUGCCUCGGUCAAGUCGGAAAAUUCCGAAGACGGAGCGCCGUGGAUACAGGAGCCCGGCAGAUACUCCCCGCCGCCAAGACAUAUGAGCCCCACCACCUGCACCCUGAGGAAACACAAGACCAACCGGAAGCCACGCACACCCUUUACCACGUCCCAGCUUCUAGCCUUGGAGCGCAAGUUCCGCCAGAAACAGUACCUCUCCAUUGCAGAACGGGCCGAGUUCUCCAGCUCUCUGAACCUUACAGAAACCCAGGUCAAAAUCUGGUUCCAAAACCGAAGGGCUAAGGCGAAAAGACUGCAGGAGGCGGAACUGGAAAAGCUGAAAAUGGCUGCCAAACCUAUGCUGCCCUCGGGCUUCAGUCUGCCCUUCCCUAUCAACUCACCCCUGCAAGCAGCAUCCAUAUAUGGGGCUUCCUACCCCUUCCAUAGACCUGUGCUUCCCAUCCCGCCCGUCGGACUGUAUGCCACGCCGGUUGGAUAUGGCAUGUACCAUCUAUCCUAAGGAAGAUCAGAUGGACAGACUCCAGGAUGGAUGUUUGCAUAAAAGCAUCCCCCUCCCUCUCCAAGAAGGUGGUGCCAAUUUUGCUCUUCAACGCAAACCUUGCGUUGUCACCCUAAGCAUCAGGCCUCCGGGGCCACUUGAUACAAAGUGAAUUUGUUAUUUAGGUGAGAGGCACUAAGACCUACUUUGUUUUCGUAAUUUUCCAAAUGCCCCCUUUUCCUCUCACAAAUAUUGGCUCUUCUAGUUUUUAUGUAUAAAUAUAUAAUAAAAUAUAAGACUUUUUAUAUGCCAGAUGUAA